GUAUCACCAGUUGCUAAAUUUUGUUCAAUUUUAUGAAAAUAUUUUAUUAUAUUAAGUCUGUUUGAUCUUUGACAAAGAAAGUUCUCACCAUUUUGCUCAGCAUAGAUCCAUCAUUAGAGUAAUGGAAGCCAUUUUCAACACUACAACCGAUUCUGUCGCAACUGAAGGGGAAAACGCAUACGAGACAUACAUUCGUAUUUUCCAAUCUCUUCUCGCGGGGACAGCGAUACUCGGGCUGAUUGGAAACGUCUUCGCGUAUUUGACUGCAUCCAAUUUUGCCCAGAAAUCGUCUGGACAAAACUUUAUAAAGUGUCUGGCAGUGGGCGAUACACUUGCAGGAUUUCAGGACGGAAUCCUUGAAUCGCUGUUCCCAAUGCUCGGACUGGAUUUGUUCGUGCAUCACACUUUGUUGUGUCGAUAUAUGGGCUGGUUUACAUACUUCUCAACUGUUGCAUCGGCCUAUGUGCUCGUUGCAACGGCAGUAGACCGUCUGAUCGCAGUUUGGAAGCCAAUCUACUACAGCCAGAACUCAACUCCAGUCAGAGCAACUGUGACCUCCCUCUUAGUAUGGCUCUUGUGGGCACUGAUAUGUCUGCCCGUUUUCUUCACGUUUGACGUUCAGGGCGAUGACUUCUGCUUCAUCGUCGUUGACAAUCCCUGGUCGAUUCUAACUGCAGAGCAGCUGCAAACCUAUAACGACUUCAUCGCGAUGUCCAGUGCAACAGUUCCGGGAAUCGCACUUAUAGUAGUCAACAUUCUCACCCUCUACAAACUGAAGAAAAAUACUGCAAGUGUCUCCAGAAACGACAGAGAAGUGACUAUAUGUCUAAUUGUGGUGUCGGUUUCUUUCUUGAUCUGUGUUUUGGCCACUGGCAUCAUGGUCAAGCACGGUGUCGAUAUCCGGGAUUCGAACCCUGACCUGGCGUAUAUGAUCAAUUACACAAGGAAGAUACCUGUUGUGAUCAACAAUUCGAUGAAUUUCUACGCAUACUUCGCGGCAAGCGCAUACUUCAGGUCAGUUUUCUACCAGACAGUUGGCUUGAAGAGGUCAUCAGGAGGCCAAAAUGGUACACGAGGCAGGACCGAGAAUUCAAAAACGUAAACAACAUGCUGUAGAGAAUGCUGCACUACCCCUCAAAUGUUCUGCACUUAACUUGAACAUUGAAGAAUGAUACGUUUUUGAUUCAAUUUCUCGUAAAUUGGUGCAAAAUAAGAUCUUGGCAAAUUUAGAUAUUGAUGCAAAAACGAAUUUCAAAAAAUCUUCAAACAAUAUCUAAAUAUAAAAAAGCGUAUAACUAGCAAGUAGUGCGGAGAGUUCCGGUCAAAAUUGUUUCUGCAGAAAAUAUACUUUAAAAAAAGAUUUGACCUUC